AGGAGAAGAAGAACUAAAGACGUUGUUAUUCAUCUCUACAUGUAGCUCUUUCUACAUGCAGUUUUACACAGACUCUUAAAUCUGAUCGAGUUAAAGUAAUAACAGCAUUUGGAGGAUAAACUCACUGAUCCUGAGAUAAGGAACAUGAUGCCCUCAAGUGUCUCCAGUAGUCAUCAAAUGACUAUUGAACCAGUGAGCCAAGAACCAGAUGAACCACAUCACUGCACACAGUGUGAAAAGAGGUUCCUUUCCAGAAGUCAACUCCUUCAACAUCAGAGCAUCCACUCAGGAGAGAAGCCGUAUCAGUGCACACAGUGUGGAAAGAGUUUUACUCAGCAGAGCUCUCUCGACAAACACCAACGCGUUCACAAAGAAAAGAAGCCGUAUCCGUGCUCACAUUGUGGCAAGAUUUUCAUUCAUGAAGGUUCUCUCCUGCGACAUCAGCGUGUUCACGAAGAAAAGCCGUGUCACUGUUCACGAUGUGGAAAGACUUUUACUCAGCAGAGUUCUUUCCAACACCACAUAUGCAUUCGGACAAAAAAGAAUCCGUAUCAGUGCUCACAAUGUGAAAAGAAUUUCCUUUACAGGUGUCUUUUAAAACGACAUGAGCGCGUUCACACCGGAGAGAAGCUGUGUCGUUGCUCACAGUGUGGAAAGAGUUUUGAUCAGCGGAGUUCCCUCCUCCAACACCAGUGCAUUAAAAAAGAGAAGAAGUUGUAUCAAUGCUCACAAUGUGGAAAGGAUUUUCCUUACAGAUGUCGUCUCCUGCAACAUCAGAGCGUUCACACAGAAAAGAAGCCGCAUCACUGCUCACAGUGUGGAAAAAGUUUUGCUCAGCAGAGUUCGCUCCAAAACCAUCGAUGCAUUCUGACAGAAGAGAAGCCGCAUCGGUGCUCACAGUGUGGAAAGGUUUUCAUUUACAAAUCUACUCUCCAGCGGCAUGAGCGCAUUCACACAGGAGAGAAGCCAUACCAGUGCUCGCAGUGUGGAAAGAGGUUUACUCAUCGGAGUUCUCUCCGACAACACCAGUGUAUUAAUACUGAUAAUAAGCCGUUUCAGUGCUCACAGUGUGGAAAGUGUUUCUAUAGCAGGAGUCGUCUCAAGCGCCACCUACCAGUACAUGCAAAACAGAAGCCGUAUCAGUGCUUAAAAUGUGGAAAAGGUUUCAGUUCCAAAUAUCUCCUGCAGUGCCAUGAGCAUGUUCACACGGGAGAGAAGCCGUAUCACUGCUCGCUUUGUGGCAAGAGUUUUACUCAAAAGAAUUAUCUCAAGGUCCAUCAGCGCAUUCACACUGGAGAAAAGCCUUACACAUGCUCGCAAUGUGGAAAGUGUUUCAACGGACAAAGUAUUCUCAAUGCACAUCAGCGGAUUCACACUGGAGAAAAACCUUAUCACUGCUCAGAGUGUGGAAAGAGUUUCCUUUACAGAUGUCUUCUUAAGCGCCACCUGACAGUUCACACAGGAAAGCCGUAUCGGUGCUUAAAAUGUGCAAAGAGUUUCCGUUCCAAAUCUCUCCUGCAGUGCCAUGAGCAUGUUCACAUGGGAGAGAAGCCAUAUCACUGCUCGCUUUGUGGCCAGAGAUUUACUCAAAAGGCAAAUCUCAAAGCCCAUCAGCGCAUUCACACUGGAGAGAGGCCUUACACAUGCUCACAAUGUGGAAAGUGUUUCGGCGAACAAAGUACUCUCAAGGAACAUGAGCGCAUUCACACUGGAGAAAAACCCUAUCACUGCUCAGAGUGUGGGAAGAGUUUCAGGCGAAAGGGUGGUCUUCGGUAUCACAAGCGCAUUCACACCGGAGAGAGGCCUUACAUCUGCUCACAGUGUGGAAAGAGUUAUCUUUUCCCCUCUUCUUUAAAAUUACACCUGCACAUUCACACAGGAGUGAGACCUUAUCACUGCUCAGAGUGUGGGAAGAGUUUUAUUCGAUCAUGUGAUCUUACAAGACACCAGGUCAUCCACACGAAGAAAAGCGGAAAUUAAUGGAGCUUACACCCGUGUUACAGAAGCUGUAUCAGUGCUAACAGUGUGGGCGCAGAUUUAUAUAUUAAACAGAGGUUUACUUAAGUACUAUAAAUAAGUAAAUAAGCAAUUUAAAUGUGAUUGAACUGUAGAUUUUCAGCUGUAAUUCAAGGAGUUUAACCAAUAUAUUGUAUUAUGGUUUAACAGCCCCUCAAUUUUAACAGGUAUCUAGACAUAGUACUCAAAUCAUAGAUAUUUGUAUUUAAAUUUGGAUUUAAAAGCUUUGCAGUGAAAUCCUACUUGAAACCAUGGACAUUGCCAAAUAUUGCCCUAACUAGUUAGGCGUUACAGCAUUUUCUUUUACCUCCACGCCCCUCCACUUCAAAGGAACCAAGGGAUCAGUUAACACUAAUAGUACCAUAUAAAACAUGACAUGCAGUUUUAUGUAGACAUUAUACAUCUGAACAGUUGAGAGUUAAGGGCCUUGUUCAAGGGCCCAACAGGGGCAACUGAGCUUGGAGUUUGGUCUUCAGCAAGUGAAAAGCAGCUCAGGGUGGUUGAGAUCAGGUGUCUGACUCUGCCCUUUUUAUAACAUCAUUAUUUUAAUAAUCAGAAUUUGACUGAACCUGAGCAGAAAGUAGAUUUAGUCUAUACACUCCAAAAUUCAUUCUGCUGCUUCUAUCAGCAGCCACAUCACCAGUAAUACAGUUUCUCUGCAGCCAGAUACGUCACUGCCGUCAAGCUACUGUACCUCCACCAUGUUUGUUGAUGAUCAUGAUCGUCCAUCAUUCUGCUACAAGUUUGCCUUAUAUUAGAACUAUUUUUAGUUUUGGUGAGAUUUCCAAUUUCUUUGGUGCAAUGAACAUAUAACU